UCGACGUCCGUCGAGCCUCGCCAGAUCAUUGGUGAGACGUCGUGACCUGGUAACGCCACACCAGAUAAAUCGAGACUCGAGGUACGAUAUUGGCGCUGCGACUGUUUUCUGCAACACAGUGAAAAUCUUGUCAUCGACUGCUCUGCCUAAGCAUUCGCCCACCACGCCGAAGUAUAUCAUCGAGAAUAAAUCCUCCAGGACGAUGAGUGUCUUCGCCAGCGAUUAACAGGAAGCCGCCACGUCUAGCGCCGAUCCCAUUCGUGAGUUCAUCGCCAGAAGCGGACGGAUUUGUGACUGAAUUAUGAACCUCUGGCUGACCGUAGGCUGCACUUUUCUUCUUUUUUUUUGCUCACCCACUGCACCAGCCUGUGACCUGUUUGUUGGCUGGAAAGUAAGUGUGCAAUGCCCUUGACGCGGACUUUCUGUGCCACACCAAGACGAACAAUAUACUUGCCUUCAGAGGCUUCUUGAGCACGGCCGACUACCUCGUGCUGAAAGGAAUUGAUUGGCCUCUCCUCUCUGGUGCAACGACGAAUUGGUGCGCGAUAAACUCAAUUCAUUCACAAACCGCUUCGUUGUGAGUAUUGGCUUUGCUCUUGCCGCUGGUAAUUUUUUUUUGCAUUAGCUGAAGCUGUAUUUCAUUUACCACAGUAAUUUGACCUCAGAGGACACCGAACAAGCUCUCUCACAAUGAAGACGCUUUCCGACAGAGUGCUACCCUCCUAAGUGAUCGUAAAGGCGACGUGCACAGGUCGCUCACUGUUUACGCGUUUUCGCCCAACCGCGACUAGUGCUACUCAUAUUGAAGAUAACUCGGCCAAUAAUUGAUCAUAAUACGAAAGCACGUUAUGGCUUCCCACGUUUGCGCUCUCAGUGAAUACAGAAGACUGAAACGAUCCAAGAUAUGCUGUCGAAUAUUAGUCUACACCACCAUCGCUUCUGUAGCAUUUUUUGCGUUCCUCUCCAGGACUUGCCGUGACGCCUCUACUGCUUAUUUCCAGGAGCCUAAGACCACCGAACUUUCUUAUGUAUGGAUCGCGUCAACACCCAAGCCCGCUUUUGGUGAGCUCUCGAAUAACGGUAAUACUUCAGCAGCAGAGCCAACUCAUGCUCAGUCUUCUGAUAGUUUGAAGAUUUCAAAAUCUGAGCCCACUCUGGUGGAGCUUUCUGACACGUUGAAGACUUCAGCUACACGACCCUCUUCCGUCGGGCCCCAUACUGAAGGAAAAGCAAAGUCGCGCCAGACAUCAAUACAUCGACCACCAACAAGAUAACAUCUGCUGCUCCAGUACCCAUAGUGAAUACUAGCACAUCCGCGUUCAUGGAUGCCGGAAAGUUGACUAAAGUACCCGGCUGGAAAUUGAAAAAGACCUGCAGUUUUCCACUUCGGGUGCUCUACUUUGUUCACACCGCUCCCGCACAUUUCUACAGGCGUCGGGUAUUGCGCGAUACCAUAGGUGACCCCGGUGUCGCCGCGUUCGUGAACUCCACCAUCGCCUUCUUCAUCGGCAAAACCUCGAACACAGAUGUCAGCGAGGAAGUGCGUGCGGAGGCCGAGUGCGAAGGUGACCUGGUGCUGCUAGACCACGUGGACACCUACCGGAACCUGACCUUGAAGUUCAUCGGGGCAACAAAGUGGCUCGCCGAUAACCGCUGCCUCAGCUCAUCGACAGAUGUCGUUGUCAAACUAGACGAUGACGUCAUUGUCAACGUGUUUUUUCUGGCGUAUUACGUUGAACAACACAUGAACGCAGCUGAGACUCGCAACUGGAGAACGAUUCACUGCGCAACCAUGCCGUACCUGAAGCCUAUCCGUAAUAAUGAUUCCAAGUGGUUCGUUACGAAGGAAGAGUACGCCAACGACACGUAUCCUCCUUACUGCUGUGGUGCCGCCUACCUCAUGAAGGCUUCAGUACUGGCUCUGUUGGGUGAGGCAACCGGCAGUGUCCCUUCUUUUGGGUGGAUGACGUCUACUCCACGGGACUGCUGAGAAAUGCGACCAACGUGUCCCUGGUGAACAUCAGACGCAUGUACCACGUCAGCCCACCUGCUAAAACGACGAUCAUAAAAAGGAAGACUUUGUUCUUUCACUGGGGUCAGAGACGUGCGCUUUUCAGGAGAGUGUACCAGUUGUGGGUUAGUGUGCUAAUUAUGGCAAAACUGAACUACGUGACCGUGGAUAGUCGCGAUGCAUUGGCGAUUCGUGACAUUGUCGGUGAUGAAGGAAAAGGGCAAGGUGUGAAAAGUUAGGAAGGCCACCCAAAACAUUGUCCAGUUUGCUACCCCAUAGAGUGGAUGUAAGAUAUUUGGGAACAUGAAGAAAAGAGAG